AUGUCGGCUUUCCUCUCCUUGAUAGGCUGGUCCUUCCUACCCGGGCUCGCAUCGUCCUGGGUCCAAACCAUCUACUACGGCAUCACCAUCCGUGCCGGCGACCCCAAGCCCCAAGCCGGCACCCCACGUUACGCCCAACAUCGCCGCCGAAUCCACAUCCUCGUCGUAACCGCCUACCUCCUCUACACCAUCUACGAAGCUGACCACGACCUUCGCCGCGAGCCCACCUACUAUUCAGCCCUCGGCGUGCCAUUCGCUUCCACCGACCGCGAGGUCAAGUCACGCUUCCGCAGGCUUGCUGCCUUCCAUCACCCGGACAAGACGAGCGUCGAGGAAGCUGCUGAGUCCUCCAAAUUCUUCAUCCACCUGAAGCUUGCCUCGGACACGCUCCAGGACGUUGCGAAGCGAUUCGCCUACGAACGGUUCGGCCAUGAUGUGAAUAGCUGGGAAAAGUGCGCGACCAUCAAAGACUUUGUCACGCGGGGUGUGCUGUACAACAUCAUGCCGCAUUACGGAGUGGCCGCCGCCCUGAUUUACGUCCUCGGUCUGUUCGGGUACUUGGAGUUCGGCAAAUUCUAUAGAUGGCUCAUCCUCAUGACCCUCUUCCUCUUCGAAAUCCAUACCGUCACGAGGCCUGCCUUCCCGGCCAUUUUAAAUUUGGCCAAUGCAAUCAUGACGCGGGUCACGUUUCGUGAACCCUAUUUGCCGUUCCAGUUCAUAGCGCUGUUGAGAAAGCUCAUCUUGACGGUGUACAUUGCGCUGUCGCACAUAGGACCGUUGCUGGUGCAGAGCCCCCAGACGAAAAAGCCGAAGGCUGCGGAUGACGAAAAGUCACUGCGGGAGAGCUUGGUCCGCCUCGAGACGUUGUCGAAGCAGCUUGAUGCGGAUGCGGGACGGUUGAUGGACAUGGAGGUUGCGCCGUUCAAGGGCGACACGGCCAGCGUGCAUAACUUGCAGGGCAAGAUGAGGGAGUGGCUUAUACAAAAUACCAUUCGGGCGGAUCCCAUGGUUAGAGAUGCUAUGGGGAAGUCGUUUACGAAGCGAAGAAUAGAUGCUCCCAGCGGUGCAAAGGGAAACCGAUAG